GUGGUUGUACACACGAUGUCAUAUUGGUUUUGCGAUCACAGGGAGCAGUGCUCAAGGAAAUAAAAUAGGGAUGAAGGUGCUCACUCGAGACCAGUUGAAAACUGCCGAGAACGUGCUAACGGCUUACUUCCCUAAAUCACAACUGGUUUAUGGUCACAUUUUCAACAUCAACCGAGUAGAGUCUGUCUCCACAGACGUUUUAGCCGAUGACUGGCCAAACUUCACAACAAUUCUGUGCGUGCCAAGGUUUGAGAAGGCUGGGGACAUCUUCAAAGAUGUGUGCGUGUUUACAAAAGAUGAGGUUUCUUUGAGAAAAAUCCUACUUGAGACUGACAUUGUAAAUUGGAAACAGUUUAUUUCCCUAGCCGUUGACUUGUGUCAUGAGGAGAUGGUGUGGGGUGUGGCGAGGGAAAGAGGAAUCUCAGGGAACAAAGUGGCCGUGUGCUACCUGAUGAAACUCCAGGACAUCAGCUGUCUCCCCAGAUUGGACAGUAAUUCAUCAUUAAAGAUAUCUUCCCUUGAUGAGUCCCAUGUUGACCUGGUGAACAGGACCUGGAAGUUUGGAAGAGGGGAGCACUCUGUACACAUGAUCCGGGACAUGAUCCGGCAAUUCCCCUCCUGCUGUCUGUUGGACGGGGAGGGACAGGCUGUGGCGUGGAUUUUAACUUACGCGUCCUGCGCCCUGGUGCUCUACACAGUCCCAGAACACAGGGGCAAGGGCUACGCCAAAAUCUUGAUAUACACCAUGGCAACAAGGUUCCAUGCACAGGGAUAUCCUGUCUACUGCGUCAUCGAGGAGGAGAACCAAGUGUCCUACAGGCUCUUUAAAAGCCUGGGCUUCACUGAAGAACCCGGAUACAGAGCUACCUGGUUUAAGUUCAAUCAGUUGUGAGAUGGAGAAAAACGGUCUGAGAUUGUAAAA